CUAGGAACGUCGUACUCGGGCUAUGAAGCAGCUGUGUACUCAGCAGCCUCCAGCUACUACCAACAGCAGCAGCAGCAGAAGCAGGCAGUUGCAGCAGUGGCAGCAACAGCUGCCUGGUCAGGAAACGCUUUCCCUAAGAAACCCACAUUCCAGAAUAAGCAGCUUCGACCCAAGCAGCCACCCAAACCCACUCAGAUACACUACUGUGAUGUCUGCAAGAUCAGCUGUGCUGGCCCACAGACUUAUAAAGAGCAUUUGGAAGGCCAGAAGCAUAAGAAGAAGGAAGCAGCACUGAAAGUGUCGCAGGGCAGCAGCAGCAGUGCUGCAGGAGGGGUGCUGUCCCGGAACACUCAGAACCAACUUCGCUGUGAACUUUGUGAUGUUUCGUGCACCGGAGCUGACGCUUAUGCUGCCCAUAUUCGAGGAGCCAAGCACCAGAAGGUUGUGAAACUUCAUACCAAACUUGGAAAGCCCAUUCCUUCCACAGAGCCCAGUAUGAUCGCUCAGACAUCAGCCUCUAGUGCUUCUGCUACUGGCAAGACCUCUCUUAGCAGUUCCAGCACUUCCAGCUCUUUGUGUCCGUCUUCCAACUCUUCCUCCAGCACUAGCGCCCCCUAUCUGAAAGCUGUCAACAUAACCAGCAGCACUGUGGUUACCAAGAAUCCACUGGCCAGCAGUCUCUCUGUUGCUUGUUCUGCGGCACCUGGCAAGAAAGUCAACACCCCGAAGAUUAAUUUUGUUGCUGGAAGUAAAUUACAGACGACAGGAAAGAUAGAGGAGAUAAGAGAAGAAGUCAAAGGCGAUACUUGUAAGCCGGUCGCGCCCUCUCCUGCUUCCCCAGAUGCUAAGGCUGACCUCUGUGAUUCUCUGUCCACAUCGGCACUUAUUGCUUUGCAGAGUGACGUCCAGCCUGUUGGUCAUGACUAUGUGGAAGAAGUCAGAAAUGAUGAAGGCAAAGUCAUUCGCUUUCACUGCAAGCUGUGUGAAUGUAGCUUCAACGAUCCCAACGCAAAGGAAAUGCACCUGAAGGGUCGGAGGCAUCGCCUCCAGUAUAAGAAGAAGGUAAAUCCCGAUCUGCAGGUAGAGGUCAAGCCCAGCAUCCGAGCCCGAAAGAUUCAGGAAGAAAAGAUGAGAAAACAGAUGCAGAAAGAAGAGUACUGGAGAAGAAGAGAAGAGGAGGAGCGCUGGAGGAUGGAAAUGAGGCGGUAUGAAGAAGACAUGUACUGGAGACGUAUGGAGGAGGAGCAGCAUCACUGGGACGAUCGGCGUCGAAUCCCUGAUGGGGGGUACAUACAGGGGCCCCCAGGCCCUCCUGGCCUUCUAGGAGUCCGACCAGGUCUACCAGGUCUGCAGCCACAGAGUCCCAUGCCGCCCCGUCGUCCAGAUUCUUCUGAUGACCGCUACAUCAUGACCAAGCAUGCAGCCAUUUACCCAUCUGAAGAUGAGCUCCAGUCCAUUCAGAAGAUUGUGUCAAUUACAGAGCGAGCUCUAAAACUCGUCUCUGACAUAAUCUCAGAUCAGGAACACGACAAAGAGGACGAUAAAGAGAAGAAGGAACCAGCCAAAGACAGAGUGCUGAAGGGUGUCAUGAGGGUCGGUGUCCUAGCUAAAGGCCUGCUGCUCCGUGGAGACAAGAACGUCAACCUAGUGCUGCUCUGCUCUGACAAGCCCACAGAAAGUCUGCUGGCCUGCAUUGUGGAGCACCUCCCCAAACAGCUAACACUAGUAACACCAGACAAAUAUGAGGUCAAGGGAUCGAUGGAGGAAGCGGCUAUCAUCCUAACAUCUUGCAUCGAGCCGAAGAUGCAAGUGACAAUCACUUUAACUUCACCGGUCAUCAGAGAGGAGCCGGGCCGGGAAGGAGAUGUAACCUCGGGUAUGGUGAAAGACCCAGCGGACGUCUUGGACAGGCAAAAAUGCCUUGACGCUCUGGCUGCUCUGCGCCACGCUAAGUGGUUCCAGGCUAGAGCCAAUGGUCUUCAGUCCUGCGUGAUCAUCAUCCGAAUCCUGAGAGACCUCUGUCAGCGAGUCCCCACAUGGUCACCUUUCCCUGGAUGGGUAAGUUCACAAUAAUGCUGAUUGCUGAUUCAUACA